AUGAUAAAAAUGGUAAUGAUAGCAAUGAUAAUAGUAAUGAUGGUAAUAAUAAUGAUAAUAGUACUAGUGAUAAUAAUGAUGAUAAUAAUGAUAACGGUAAUAUAUGCACAAAUGAUUAUCUCAUUUAGUUCACCAUUUGCAAAUGAUAAUAUUAUUGCGAUGACAGUGAUGAUAAUAAUAAUAAUGAUAAUUAUAAUGAUGAUAACUUAUCCAUCCUUUCUCAGUCUUUUCCACCACAUGCUGAAUCUUAAUAAUAACAACGUAUCUAUCUGUUCUCAAACUUUUCCAUCACAUAUUGAAUCAUGA